UCCACAUGUACAAGAUUCAGACAUUGCAACGGAGAUUUUAAAAAAUAAAAAAUAAAAAACAAAAAUGCCCUCGUCAAUAAGUCUUUUUGUUCUUUCCCUCCUUUCCAUUCAAUUUUUGGCUCUCGCCAAUGUCACCGUAGCUCAGCCUGCAAUGUUAUACAAUUACUGUGUGAACAAUGGUAACUACACCACUAAUAGUACCUACCAGACAAACCUGAAUCAUCUCCUCACUUCCAUCUACACUAACACCGAAAUAACCUAUGGCUUCUACAAUUUCUCCUACGGACAAAAUCCUGACAAAGUUUCUGCAAUUGCUUUAUGCAGGCCUGAUAUUAGCCCUGAUGCAUGCCGUGCAUGUGUAAGAAAUGCCAGUGAUUCCCUCAUGACUAUUUGUCCAAACUCUAAAGAGGCCAUUGGAGGGUAUGAUAACUGCAUGUUACGCUACGCCAAUCGCUCCAUUUUUGGUCAAGUGGAAGGAGGACCUUAUUUUUGGGUAUAUGGCCUGAACAAUGUUUCAGAUGUAACUGGGUUCAAUCAGUCAAGGGCUGCCUUGUUAGAUAAGCUAACCGAUCAAGCUGCAUCAGGAAACUCUAGUUAUAAGUAUGCUACAGGACAUACAGGUGCCCCAAACUCUCAAAAUAUAUAUGCACUUCUUCAGUGUACUCCUGACUUGUCUAAGCAACAAUGCAUGGACUGCUUAACUCAGUCCAUAGAAUUAAUUCCACAGUGUUGUAACGAGAGGCAAGGAGGGAGAGUCAUAACACCCAGCUGUAAUUUUCGGUAUGAGACAGGCCUUUUCUAUGUCCCUGAAGGUGAGCAGACAACAUCAGUAGCAUCAGUGCUAAUAUCACCAUCGUCUCCACCACCAAUCAGUGCUUCUGCAAGAACAGGAAGGGCAAGUAAUAUAGCAGGAACUCUCAUUAUUGGCUCUCUUCCAAUGUUGAUUUUUUGAUGCUCAAGAUCAUGAAAGCUGGGAAGAAAGGCAAAACCUUGGUCAUUCUGUUUGAAUAGUUUGUCUCUAUAAUCAAUAAGGGGGGAAAUUGUUGUCGUUGAGAUUUUAUAUUUUUCUCAGAAAAUAAAUCAGUCUUAUUUAGAA